CGUCGGGGCUGCUGGCCCCGCGGCUCUUUCACGCGCGCCGCAUCGCCCUCUCCUGCUCGGCUAUGCGCCCUCCGCGCUUCCUCCCGCCGGGGUUUCCUGGGACGCGGCUCUGCUCCAGCCUUUAGGCGCCGCCAGGGCCCCGAGCUCCGCUUUGCCUCGCGCCUCGACGCCCCUCCUGCUGCCUGCGCCGCCGCCGCCGCCGCCGCCGCCGCCACCAUGUCGGAAACCCGGAGCUGCUGCGAUGGCAAGAAGGACGUGCAGGUGGAAGGCGGCGUCUACCUGGAAGAAGGGCAGUGCGACUCCGGCCUCGGCUCCAUCCGCUCCCUGCAGGGCCAGCUGCCCGAAGGCGAGCCCCGGUCGCCGGCAGCCCGAGGGGUCCGCUCGGACAAGGCUGCCGAUUUCCCGGACGCUGCCGCAGGCAAGGAGGGUUCGGCGUCGGAGCCGGACGAGCGGCUCGAUUCCAGCUACGGCUCUUCCUCGCUUGUCGAGUCUUUGGCGGGGCUGGGAGAGACCCCUCGGCACCCUGGCGAAGAGGAAGAGGAGAAAGAGGCCGAAAGGGUCCGGCAGCAGCUGCUGCUGGAGACGUUCGCUUUCGUCUCGGAGGACGGAGACACGUGAGUGGCCCCAGCUCGUUCUCACGUGCUUGUUUCAGUCCGUGGGAGACAGGAGACUUGAAAGUCGGCGCGCGGGUGGGGCAGGUUGGGCGAGUGGGGGCGUCUGCUGAACAUCAAACAAAGUGCGAACGAGCGCGUGCACACGGAGGCAAGACACCUGCGCGCGUGCUUUCUGCACUCUGGGGAAUACGGGGAAACUACUAGAGGGAGUCGCGUGUGGGUGGAGGGGUGACGUUACAAGAUCAGUCAACAUUUCCAAACUCAAGGAACACCUUAAGGGUGCUUCCCGACACAAGGGUGUUGUGGUAUCGCUGAUCUUCAUGCAUACAAGUUUGGUUUUGAGGUUUUUUUUUGCAGCUUACAUGUAGCGUUGCUGCAAUCAAAAUAAUGUACCGUAUUUCUCUCAUCCUCCUCACCUGCCAAUACAUUCCGUUUCUGGACAAAAUCGUGGUGUAAACGUCCAGUUUGCAGUAUUCGGCCUCUGUCUAGACGCAGCCUAAAAAGUGCCAUCAGAAAUAAAAGCAGACCAUUGUUUAUAUGGGACCUUCUUGUCUGCAGAUAUGGGGUAGCCCUUCAGAUCCAGCUGUAUGGCUUCAAAAAGCGUGUUUUGUCAAUAAGCAUAUGAUGAAGGCAGUUGGCAAAGGUUUCUCUGAAAUUCCUUAAAUGUAGUGUGGGACGUAGUUGGGGUUGAAUGGAGGAGGGGGGGUUAAUUUGGCACCUCUUUCUGUUCCUUCCCUCACAACCUUCUGCAAACAUGUUUGGCAGCAGUUUUAGUAUCAGUUUUAUUUUUCCAUGGGACUUGCUCCGUUCCUUAUUUGUUCAUUGGAAAAUAGAUUGAACAUACAAACUCUGCUGUGAUCAUUGGUGCAAUGAUCCCUGAUCUUUUAUGGCUUCAUCUGCACAACAAACCUGUGGAGUAGGCAUGUGGAAAGAGCAAGAGGCUCAGAAUGAGUUGCCAAGGCACUCUAAAAGGUAUUGACUCCAAAUCCAGCCCCCUCAUAUCAACUUGGCUCUUUGGCUGAAAGAUCCAUGGAGUUUUGGGAAGUAAUAGUUCGCAUUUCCAAUUGCACAACCAACCUAGCAUGGGGAUGCUUGCUGGGAGUCUCCUUCUAAGCAAGUUGUUCUUGCCUUAAAAAAAAGAAGUGAUGAAAUUGGGGCAUCCAUUAAGUUUUCCAUGACCUCUAAGCCAUUUAUGCUUUUUAUAGCUGCCUUUGUAGAGUAGAGGCAAGUUUGAUGACUUAGUAGUGCGAAAGGCAAACAUCUUAAGCCCACAUGACUUCUGUGAUGUAGUAGUGCUAGUUUCUCUUGGGGCUCUGAUCUGAGACAUGCUUUUCCGGAGCUUUUAGGUUCGCUCUUGGGGGCUUUGUGUGGGUAAAAUGUAAUCCUGUAUGUACAUUUGGAGAGGGGGGGUUUCAUAUCAAGCAGGAAGUAAUAAGCUUGGCUCUCUGCUCUUGGUUUACCAUAACUAAUACACCGUCUGUGGCCUCCUAACUUCCUCCUGAUCCUGCAUCUCUGAUGAGACGAGCCGUUUCUGCUUUUUCCAGCUGGAUGUUUCCAGUUUCCAUUCUGGCAUGUCUGGGCUAACUAUAGACACUAUGGCAGUGUGACCUGUGUGUUGAACAGAUUAAAAUGGCAGCAUGGGGGACAGCUUGGUGUAGAAUGAGUGGCUGCUAGUGGUGCAGUAACUGCUGAACCCUCAUCCAUGCAUCCUUUUUCUCUCAAGUCACCUUUCUAUCCCCCUGUGUUGCUUUUGCCUUUGGACACAACAUGAAAAGUACAGUGGUACCUCGGGUUAAGUACUUAAUUUGUUCCAGAGGUCCGUACUUAACCUGAAACUGUUCUUAACCUGAAGCACCACUUUAGCUACUGGGGCCUCCUGCUUCUGCCAUGCCACCGGAGCCACUCCAGCUCUGCGUUUGUCAGGAACCUGCAGUUUUCAAACAUAGGCCUGCUGCCAUCUUGCCUGGUUAUUGUUGAUCGGUUCUCCUACCUCCUAGAUAAGUCUAUAGCUAUGGAGUGGGGAAAUGCUAAGUUUGAAAUUAGAUGGUGGGGGAAGUCUCUAACCUAAUCAAUUGUUUGUAGUGGGGAUGGGGAAACAAGAAGAUGCAUCUUAUUUUGCAAGUGCUUCCACACCUCUCCUAGUUUGGAGGCUUGGGUAGAAGCAGUGAAAGGUGUCCCCUCCAGGAGUCAAGGCAGUGACAACACCUGAUGCCAUAUGGAAUGAUCUAUUUGAACUUGUUGCUUUGUUUUACUCAAAAGAAGAACAACAGUAGUAAUUUUAUUAUUUAUUCCCCUCCUAUCUGACUGGGUUGCCCAGCCACUCUGGGCAAUAGCUGGCCAACAAUGUUCCCUUUGGCUGAGAGCAUCCUAAGUGGCAGAGUGGGAAUUACUUUAUUCACAGUUUCUCAGCAGUCUCCACUGAACAAUAUCACUUCCUUGUAACAGUUCUAGUGAUGAAAGAACAGAAGUUUGUGGCUUCAGAUUUCUGCUUCCUGUUUUUUUUUUAACAGCUGCCAUAGUGAGAAUGGAGAUGGUUCUAAAUUGGAUUGGUGUUUUUUAAUCAUUCCAAAUUGCAUGUGUGUUUGUUGGAGCUAUGUUGGUCUGUUGUACCAAAAACAACACGCUCAGUGUUGGUUUACACAGGGACAUCAAGUGAUGUCUUCCAUGUGUGAAUUGUCCAUCAUGGAAUAGAAUUUUCCUAUUCCUCCUGUACAGCACUUUUCAGUGGAGUAUGUGCAUUUGUUCAGCUUCAAAUUCAACAUGUAGUUACUCUCUUGCGUUUUUUGUUUGUUAAUUCCUCCCCCCUUCCCUCCUAUGCUACUUUAUUUUAACCAGGUCUUCAUGCUGUUCUCCAAGUUUUUCUACACGUUUGCUCUCCAGUCACACACCCAUUCUUCUUCUCGCCUCGAUCCCUCUUUGUCCAGGUGUUCUGAAUUCUGCAAUUGUAGUACAUUCCACAGUAGACCCGCAAAGGGGACUUAAAUGGAUCUUUGUAUAGGGUUGCCAUAUUUCAACAAGUGAAAAUCCGGACACAAAAGUUGUUGACACUGCUGACAUGGGUUGCCACACGUCCGGAUUUUCCAAGGCAUUUUGACGAUUUCCACCCAAACACUGCUUCUGACUGGAGUAUUCCAGGUAUGUCCGGAAAAUUCUGGACAUAUGGCAACCUUAUUCUUUUUCCUGAAUCCAGAAUUCUUGGAGGGUUUUCUGGGCCCAUUUCAUCCACAUUUCCUAGAAAUGAAACUAUUGAAUCAGUCUUGAAGCGGUUUACAUAUAUUCCUGCUGUAGUCCAGGCCACCCCAGGGGAUGUUGGUGGUUUACUAAAGCUAGUUAAAACUCCUUUAAAACUUGAGACCUUCAAAAUCUUACUCCAGACAUUCUUGAAGCAGGAUAAUGGUUCCGUUCUUUUUUGUUCAGCACAGAACCCUUUUUGUGUUGGAUAGGACUCUUAAUACAUGGAGAGUUCUGUUUGCAAGUGCAAGGCAGUGAAGAUCCUCAUGACUCAAGGUGAGACGUCCACAAGACCAGGAUGGGAAACCUGCGGCCCUCCCACAAAUUGUUGGGUUACAACUCCUGUCAGCCAAAGCCAGCAUGACCCAUGGUCAAAGAUGAUGAGAAUUGUAUUCUUAACAGAGUCUGGAGUGCCUAAGGUUCCCCACUCCCUACUGCUAGAGGAUGCUUAGUUACACAGUGUGAGGAGAAAGACUGCUGUGAAAAAGAUAAUGGUGACCUCUAGUCCCCGCUGAUAGGGAAUGAAAUUCCACUGUGAGGAAGUCUUCUAAUCUGGCAGUGGAAUACUGACCAAUUUCAUUUGUGUGUGGCUGCCAUUUUGUUUUGCCUUGUAGCUGCUUGGUCUAGUGAGGCACAGGAUUCCCCAACCUGAGUGGCAAUGAGAUGACAACGACCUUUUUUUUACUGUAUGGAAACAGUUGUAUCUAUUUUGAUAGGACCGAAUAUGCAUGUGGUCUCUAGUGGGAGUAGGCGACGGCAGGGAAGCCUAACUGUGGCAUGUGGUUAAGUACCAUACUCUCUACUGACUGUUGGGAAAUCACGUGUUGGUGACUUCUAGACUGAGGUUUGUAGAACAGAGACUUGGAAGGUCAUUGAGUAUAUUUAAAGCUUGUCCUGAUAGGGGUUGGGUUGGGGAUGUUUGCUCUUCAUGUGGUGGUGCCUGUAGGUAAGCGAUAGUUUAAAAAACUGCUUAGGCUUUCCUGCCUGGCCUGGAACAUGUGGCUCUUGUGGGAUGCUCAAAUUUAGCCUUGAACAAAGGAGGACAAUAGCUUUGUGCAGUAGAGCUGUAGCCUUUUACUGAUCUAGAUUGGCUUAAUCAAAGCUGCUGUGUUAAUCAACCAAAGAGGCAUCUCAGAAUAAUUUGUGCAAUGCACUUUAUUUUUAAAAUUACGUUGUCUUUAGUAUGAGUACUUACGAAAAUCUUGGAGAUAGCAUGCAUGCCCUCCACUUUCACACAGGCGGAAAUGCCUCUUCUAAGAGGUGCCUGCUGCAACAGAAUCAUAGAGUUGGAAGGGACCCCAAGGGUCAUCUAGUCCAACCCUCUGCAAUGCAGCAAUCUUUUGUCCAAUGUGGGGCUCAAACCAACAACCCUGAGAUUAAGAGUCUCAUGCAGUACCAGGUGAGCUAUCCCAUAUAUGUGCAUCCUCAAAAAGAAGGAUCUUAUGGUAAUUGGUCUUAACUGUUUCGGCACCUGCAAAAAAACACUCUGGUUUAGACAAGCGUGGAAAUAUGUGGUGAUUUUAGUUUGUUUUAGUAUUUUAACUUUUGUAUGUUUUAAAGUAUGGUUGGGAUUUAUUCUGGGAUAUUUUUUUUUUUUAACUGUUUUAUCUUUUGUAAACUGCUCUGAGGUUUUCCUACACUCAAGCAGCAUAUAAACUUUAUGAAGUAUAAAUAAAUAAAUAAGAACCAAGGCAGGCCUAAUCAACUGAUAACAAGCUACCGGUAGCACUGCUGAAGCAUCAGUUAAGGGACUUGCUCCCCAAAACUCUGGCAAGAAGAUAUUUGAUUUACCGCCUCAGACACAAAGAAAAUUUUGUUAAGAUUUUCCACAGGUGGUAUCCAAUACCAGCUAAGUUGGCAAAGAUAUAUAAAUUGAAAUCUAACCUUUGUUGGAGAUGUGGUAAAGAAAUAGGAACAACAAUACAUAUGUGGUGGAGGUGUGAGUAAAUUAAGAAAUUCUGGACAGUAAUACAUGAAGAAUUAAAGAAGAUGCUGAAAAUAUCAAUAAUUAAAAAACCAGAGAUACAUCUCCUUGGAUUGAUAGGGGAAGGGGGGGGGUUAGAAUCUUCUUAUAUGCAAGCACAGCAGCUAGAGUAGUGAUUGCUGCUAAAUGGAAAUCACAAACUCUACCUUCAAGGGAGGAAUGGAUUUGUAAAUUAAAUGAAUACUUAGCUUUGGCAAAACCUAACAUCUAUUACAAGAAUUCAGUUGAAUCAAAAAUUAAAAAAGGAGUGGAAAUGUUUUGAUGAAUAUAUGGAAAAAUAUUGCUCAAAAAAAGAUAUACUAAUAUGCCUAGAUUAGAAAUGUAAAGUAUUUGAGUGAAUGUAAGUUAGUAAGGAAGGACAAUAAGAAUACAUAGAUAAAUUGAGAAGUCUGUAGAAUGCAAAGAUAAAUGUAAUCUCAGAAUGUAGAGGAAAUUGAGUGGGGGCGGAGGGAAGCGGGGGGAGGGACAAAAGAAUAUUAUGUUUGAUUGAGGAUUUAAAUGAUAAAUAUAUGUGGGGAUGGGGAUGGGGAUGAUGUGGUAAAGGCUUUGGUAUAUUUGCAUUGUGAUGUAAUAUGGAAUAAAAUUAAUAAAAUUUUAUAAUAAAAUAUAGAAAAGAGAUUUGCUCCCCUGCGACGUGUUUAGAUUUGAGAGAAUUGUUAUUAUCUUCAGAGAAUUCACAGUGCUUCUCCACAUUAAUCCUAAAUUAGUCUUACGUGGUACAAGUGGAAAUGAUUACCAUGCAGAUGUUGGGUUGUUUUAGAAUUUGUAAUCUUUCAGUGGAAAAAAAAGAUGCUGAGUUUUGUAAUAGGUGCAGUUAGAAGGCACUUGGCAUAGACCAGGUGACAGCUGGAGGCUUAGCGUAUAUGAGAGACAUAAAGGAAGUUUGCAUUAUCCCUCUUCCAAAUGGAAAGCAUGCACGAAGGAGUUGUGCUGGCUAGCCCAGCUCUUCUGCCACCUGCCAUGCCCCCUGUGCUGCCUUUGUGUGAAGAGACUCUUGGGCCAAUCUGGAUAUGCUCUCGUGUGGAGGAGCCUUAUGCAGAUCUCGGAAGAGGCCGUGUGCAAGUACAAGCGAAGCUGCCAAGCGUGUGUAUUGAUUAGGGUGGGCAGCACAACCCCCUUGCACAUUCUUUUAAUGCAUGAAGGGAUGGAGAGAUCAUAAGAAUUCCCCCACCCCCAGAAGUUCUUGCACAGUUGAAUUAGCUCAUUGCCUAUGCAGGAGGCUGCGCAAGUAUUCUUAAUGCAAGUGUGUAGCUCUUCUGUGAUUGGAGGAGGGAGUGGAAUGGGGAAACUUGUAAUGAAUAUCUAAUUUAUGCAAGGAGAUGUUAAAGCAGAGGGACUCUCUUAAGAUGAAAACUUCCAGAAAUCUUCUUGGAUGCUUUAGAAGAAGAGGAGCCAAACUCCCAUUGCGUAAGAAUCGCUGUAAUACAGACUGAGUAGUCUAAUAAGACUUUGCAAGGGCUAAUGUUUCAUUCCGAUAUCUUGAGUCUCAUCUUCUAGUCCACAGUGAGUGUGCAUGUCCUGUGAAUGGGAGAUUCUGAAUCUCUGCUUUCAUUCCAAAGAUGCUGCUAGCACCAUGGCUGAUAUCACUUACACAAAUGGCUCAAAAACCACAAGGUGAAGAAUUUCAUGAUGACUGUUCUUUUUUAGAUUUUUAAAUGUGUUGACUCAACUUUUGGCUUCAGGGUGUGUACACAUUGGAACUGACUGUACUAAAUUAGAUGGAAAUUACAUUGGGGAUUCAUGCUUCAUUUCUGUCACCCAUGGAUUUUAGAAGUUGAGCUGGAAGGAGCAUGCGCCGAGUUCUCAAUACACAGAAGCUGACGUCUGUGGAUAUUAGAUCUUACUGCCCAUCCAAGUCUUAUUUUUUUAGCACCAUUGGCAACUCAUACUCAGUUUGCUUUACAAAACAUAACUUACUACAGUGGUACCUCGGGUUAAGAACUUAAUUCGUUCCGGAGGUCCGUUCUUAACCUGAAACUGUUCUUAAACUGAGGUACUACUUUAGCUAAUGGAGCUUCCUGUUGCCACCGCACAAUUUCUGUUCUCAUCCUGAAGCAAAGUUCUUAACCCGAGGUACUAUUUCUCGGUUAGCGGAGUCUGUAACCUGAAGCGUCUGUAACCCGAGGUACCACUGUAAUUCCAACAGUGCCAUAAAAUAUUAAAGCACACAUUUUAGAAGGGAAGAGAAGAUACUGACUGAAAACUAAUCAUGACAUCUCUAAAAUGCACUUAAAUGAAGCCUGAUCUAUACAGGCAGUAGAAACCUGUAAUGGUACAGUCAGUACAGGUGCGGGACACUUUGCAAUUUAACCAUCUUGCACAGGGAGGAAGGUACUUUCCCUGAUUUGUUAAUUUUCUAUUUUGCAUGGGAUUUUCCCAUACAGAAGGGUUCAAAUUUAUGGUUCCCAUUUGAAGCCAGAAGCGAAACAUUCCAUUCUACCACCUUACUUCCACCUUUUUCUGUUAAUGUGUAGACCAGGCCUAGGAAAUAUUUUCUAGCAGUUUGUAAUGGUGAGAAGGGAGGAAUGGAGAGUAAUGGAGGGUUGGGAAGAGCAAGCUUCCAUGGUAGAAUCUGCUACAGCAAAUGAAUGAUCACUCGCUUAACUCCAGGUAGACGGGAAUUCCAGAUUACAUGAGGUAUUUUGAGUGCUGGCAUCUCAUAGGUGGAGUUUUAGGUGUGGGUCUCAAAUAUGUCCAGGGCUUAAACUGUUCGGGAUUUUAAAAAAUAAGCCGAGACCAAGGGCAAUUUGUUCUGCUAUCUAGAAAUGUUUUUAUUACAAAGACAGCACUUGCUAGAACAUGCAAUCUCCCCCUUCCCCCAGUCACUUCUGUGACAAAGUUUUAUUAGUGCCCCCUGCCCUCCUGCCAGUGGAAUAAACUAUCAUGACUUUUCAUUAUUUCCACUAGACCAGCAGGUUGUGGUGGAGCAAUUUUGCAUUCUUCUGUUGCAAGUACCUCCUUGGCUUGCUAUAGAAGAAAGCAAACAUUAACAACUGUUACCAUUCAGCAACCUGGCAUUCCCAAGCAUCUGGGAAAUGAAUCGAUGCCAGUGAGGCACUAGUUCAUGGGAACAUUGCCCAGCCAAAAUGUGCCAGUCUAAUUGGCAUGUAUGCAAGGUAAGAUGCUGGGGCAAGUAAUAACAUGUAGGGAUGCAUAAUGUUAACGAUUCUGUGAAUUCUCCAGCUAUCUAGCGACACAGCAGUUUUGAGUUACCUGGAUAGACCUUGGGAAGCCUAGAUUUAUGUGCUACCUCUGGCACUGAUCCAGUUUGUCAGUCUUGGGGAAAGUCACCAUCUUUCACUCUUGUUUCCUGUGUAGAAAAAGGUACCUGAGUGAAUGAGGAAUCUUGGCAGGACUUGUAUCCAAAUACUUUAGCUCUUCCUCAUAUGCAGAUGUGCAAUUUGUCAUUCCAGUGAUUGGAUUUGCCAUUGAUUAGAAGAAACCCAAUUGGCCAUAGUCAUCUGCAAAGGAAAGAUGAUUAAAUCAUGAUGAUUAUUUUUAAAAUCAGUUGCAUUUUUAUCCUAUCAUUUUAAACAUAAAAGCUUCUUAUAUCUUGUACUUUGUUCAGGAACUUAAAGCUUUCUUUAUUUCCUAAAGAGAGAGCAGGAACUCAUUUGCAAAGGAAAGAUUGGGAGUGCACUAUUAGGCUCUGUUGUGCAGGGCAACAGAUAAAGGCACCAAAUUUGACAAGCACUGAGCUCUACCUGAGGGUGGAAAAGAAGAAUGAUUUCUGUUCAGUUUCACCCUUCAGGUUUAUCUGUCACAUGCAUCAUAAGACCACAGGUGAUAGACAAAUGAGUAUGAUUUAGGAAAAACUACAUCUUCUGCCUGUGUGCUGUGUAUUGCUUAUAUGGUGCCAAUCCCAAUUUUCCUUAAAUGAGGAAAAUUGUACUGUCUAAUACUUUGUUUACCUUGGAUUAGUAGCUAGUGCCCCUGGAAGCUUUUAGGAUGUAUUCCACUGAGUGAGACCCAACACUAUCACAAAAUUCCUCAAUUUUGAAUUUGCUGCCUUUGUAGAUUUGGUGUGCGCACUUUUAGUUCAAUUAACCUCUGUGCAUCUUAAAUUACACAGCAAUGUGAGCUUAUUGCACAAGAAGGCUUUCACCUAUGAUCCCAGAUGGGUCUUCCUUUAAAAAAAGAGCAGCAGACAAGAUGUGGCUUCAGUCUUAAUACUGAAAAGCCUCUGAAGUCUGUGACAUUAUAUUUUCACUGGUGUUGCCUUUGGCUUCCUCUUUGUAAGGAAGGGCUUCUGUUCAUAGAUUUCCCCCGUCAGUGUUGAAAGGCCCAGGGCACUCUUCACAAAUGUCCCUUUAUGUAUUUAUCCUUUAUAGUCCUUCCUGCAGGAGUCUCUCGUGUGAUCUUUGUUUCCUGAAACUGAUGGGAAAAUUCCACAAUAUGAUAAGGGUUGGCGGGAGCAGUUAUGGAAAUCCAAAGAGGUUUGAAAUAGAGAGGGUUGAAAUAGCUCAGUUUGGUGUUUGUACAUUUUUAGGAAAAGUGCAUAUUUCCAAAACAGGUCUUUGUCCCUGUGGGCAAGAGCAACUCCCGUUCCUCACCUUUAGGAUACCCAUGCUCUAAAAUCUACAGCUGCUACCUUGGUAACAUCAGGCCACCAGACACAGUUAAUUAGCCAGGUAUAUAAUACUGCAAGGAGGCUGAGAAACUGGAAUAGCAGGGAGGAAAGUGUUGAUUAGGGAGAGAGAGAGAGAGAUGUGUAUUGAUACCACAGUAUUGUAAAAAGGUUACUGUCGGACAGUUUUUCUUGGUAAAAGAGGUCAGUUAAGACAGUUAAAAAAAUAUGCACUGGACAAGUGUGGAAUUCCCCUCUUUUAUUUUCCUGGAGAGUCUAUUGGCUUCUUGGUAUCAACAGUGUUUAUAUUUGUUUCGGUUUCUUAGCCCCCCCCCUUUCCCUUCCCUUUCAUUUAUCCAAUUAUUGGAUAAAUGGUUCAGUUCCUAAGGGGGGGGGAGCACCAGAGCGAAGUGGUAAUGGAUGAAUAGUGUCAUUCCUUGUAUUCAGUUUCUGAUGCUUAUUAUAAAAGUUUGUAACAUAUGCUCUUAAGUCAACAAAGCAGAACUUAUUUGAGGAGGGACUGUUGCUUAGCAGUGGAGCAUAUGGGUUGGAUGCAGAAGGUCCCUGGCAUUUCCACAUAGAAAGUUCAGAAGAUGAGAAAAGGCUACUCCUCUGCUCGAGACCCUGGGGGUGUUUUGGGGUAAGUAGAAGGCAAAUCUCUGGGUGAUUUGCAGUAGAUCAGCAAGGAUUUCUCAUUCUCAACUGCAGCAACAAAAUGACUCUGCACCCUAAAAUUAUAGUGCUGGAAUAAAAAAGCACUUGGGGUAAGCAGGAAUGGUUUUUUGUGUGACCAGACUGUGUUCUCUUCACUUAUGCUCCCCAAAGCAAAUUCCUGGGCUCAGAAUUCCCUAAGUGCAUGCCUUUUGUACAAAGCUGGUGGCUCUUGGAGGUUUUUAUUUCAACACUAAAGCGAACAAAAGAAGUAGAUCCCACAAACCUGAAGCUUACUCCAGGGGAAGACAUGCAAUAUUGUGCUAAUCUGAUUUAGUAAGUGGUAGCUUCUUGGGUUAUAAACAGAGUGAGGACAUAGGUCCUGAAUCAGUUCUUUUAAUUCCCAGACCUUCUAUUGAUCUCCCAUCAGCUCCUGACUGGCUUGGAGAAGGAAUGACCAGUUUUGCCCCCAGAGUCCUCUGCUGUACCAUACAUGGUUCAAUGGGAAGCACUGGGAAGCUGUUUUAAAGGCAUCUUCUUUGUCUGAACUGUGAAUAGUGACAUAGAAUCACAGAAUUGUAGAGUUGGAAGGGACCCUGAGGAUCAUGUAGUCCAAACCCCUGCAAUGCAGGGAUAUGCAGCUGUUCCAUAUGGGAAUCAAACUUGCGACCUUGGCAUUGUCAGCAGCACACUCUAGCCAACUGAGCUAUCCAGGCUGAGUGUUGUGUGUUAGAGGUUUGCUAAAAGGCACAGGUAGGGACCCAAAGGAAUGCAUGGACCAUGUUAUGCAGGAAGGCCUGGUCCCAGUCUCAUCAUAUAUAUUCAGCUGAUGGUACUCUGGGCCACAGUUUCCCAUCCGUAAUAUUACAGUGGUAGUAUUGCACCUGGUUUACAGAAAGGAUGCAGGAGAGCUACUGAGGUGAUAAUGCCAAAGUGCUUUGUGUGUUUUGUUUAGACGGGUUUGUAUUUGCUUUUUUACCAUGUCAGAGCUGGGUUGUGUACUGCUAGGCUGAGCUGAGGGGAUGGGAAGAAGGGAGGAAACGGCGCAAGUAGCUCUUGCACAAUAAAUAAACAGGCUCCAAUAUUAGAACUGGGCUCCUCCUCUGUGUGCUUUUCUCUAGUAACUGCAGCACAUUUGGGAGAGGAUAAUUAAAGCUUUAAAGCCUGGGCCUGAAAAUAGGGCUAUUCCCUAGCAUAGUUCUGUGAGGUGGGGAGGGAACUGUAUAAAAUCCAGGCCAAGUAAACAGCAGCUGAAGCUUCCCUUCCCCCACCCCUUCUUGCCUCAUGAUCAGGGACUUCCCACAUUGACACUGAAAUAUCCCCACUCCUCCUCUAUUGUAAGUGCACAUUAGUCUCACUGUGACUAGGUAGACACCGUCCUUCCAUGAAUCACGCUCAGGGCUGUGUAUGCUCUCAUUCUCAAGCCACAUUCCUGACCAUGGGGGAUCCUGCUCACUCCCUAUUUCCUCCUCCCUGCUCCCAAACAAGCUUUGAUAUUCUGCCAGCUGUUGCAGACAGUAAGGACCAUUCCUCCCAGUCACAAAGUUCAGAGAUGAGUAUGGAUCCUUCUGCAGCCUAAAUACUACCAACUGAGCUCAUAAGGGAGAAGGCUUGGGGGAACCCCCACUAGGUUUGCAGAAGGACAAAAAAAGUGAAGGAGGGAAGCCCCUCUCUAAGGCUGGGUUGGCAACAGUGCCCUUGAGGACCCACAAAGCCUCUGAGCCUCCCUGCUUAUGACUCCCUUUGUCACAAGGUGGAGUGAGGGGUUAUGUCUCCCCUACACACAUUGAAAAGUACAUAGAGCUGAAGGAGGAAAUUGGAAAAAGUGACGCUUCCCAUGGUGUAUCUCUCUUCCAUUUUCUGUGUUGACUUGCAAGUUGAUAUUGGUGGGCCAUUCACUUCUAAGGCUUUACAGUGGUACCUCUGUUUAAGAACAGCCCUGUUUACGAACAAUUCGGGUUACGAACUUCCGCAAAACCAGAAGUUUACCUCGGUCUACGAACUUUACCUCGGUCUAAGAACGGAAACCAAAUGGUGGAAGGGCACCGGUGGCGGGAGGAAAGCACACCUCGGUUUAAGAGUGGUUUCGGUUUAAGAACGGACUUCUGGAAUGGAUUAAGUUUGUAAACCGAGGUACCACUGUAUUUGAAGUAGCUUGUAGCUGACAGGUUGUUAUUUAAUGUGUGUGUGUGUGUUUGUGUGUGUGUAUGAGAGAGAGAGAGAGCGCGCACGCUUUCAGGUUUGUUCUACCCAUAUAGAAAAAUGAGGUAGUAGACAGGGCCGUGCUAUUUUUAGCCGAAGGGUACCCUAUUUCAGUGAUUAUGUACUCCAAAACAAACCUGCUUGCAAAUAAAGUUUAGCACACUGGGGUGAGAGAUUCUUGCUUAGCUCACUCCCUGUUGUAUUGAUUUUUCUAUGUGCAAGGUUUUUAACUGAACAAUAUUAUUGUUAGUCUGUAGUCUGAAGUGAUAUAUGCCAUUCUACCCCUUCAUUCUAUAGCACAGACUCCAUGUCCUCUGUUGCAGUUAAGCAGCUGCUUUGUCCCACCAACGGGCAUCUUGUAGAAUUACAGAGGCAAAGCUGGACAGGUUUCUGCCCUAAAGGAAUUGAUAAUAUACCCAUGUGCUUGGGUCCCACCCCCACUUCUGCUAUAAAGUAUGAAGGAAUGGGGACCUAUUGAUACAGGUGCAAUGGCAAAGGUUUUUGUUUUCAUACAUUGCUUGAAUAACUUGGGGCCAGAUGGUGUGGAAGUGCCCUUCCGUUCUGGACAGAUUACAUUUGGAUCCAGACAGUAAAGCAAACUUUUGGAUAAAUAUUUCAGUUUAGUGUUAUUGAAGCAGAUACUGAUGCUUGGUAUCUUGUGAUGGUAGCCUAGCCUCCCCUUAGAAUGGGAAUUUGGCUGUCCUUUCUGGCUGUUGUGAGGAAUUCUUGGGGAAAGUGGCUUGGUUAAAAUAGCCCCAGAGAAUUCUGUGCAGUCUGUCAGAUAAAAGCAGCAAUGGUUAAAGUUCAGCCCGGAUUGCCUUGUUGGAAAGUCCCUGUUCCUGAGAGUUCUUAUCUGCUACAUACUUGUUAGGAAGCAAGAAAGAUAAACUUCAAGCCACACAAAGUCAAAAUGUAAAAGAUCUGCAAGGAUAAACUGACUGUGUGUGUGUGUGUGUGUGUGAGAGAGAGAGAGAGAGAGAGAGAGAGAGAGAUCGAUCUCCUUGGAAAUGAGAGCGAAUGAAACAUUCGUAAUCUGGCACCAAACAGGACAUAGUUUGUGGAAGCAAAUUUCAAUGGAGUCUUUUGCUGGUUUCCAGUUUGAGAUCACUCAGGCACAGGUACCAUCUAGCAGAGUGUUUCGGCUGAUGUUUGAUUAAGAAGAUUCUAGUGCAGUUGACUUUAGGUCCUGUCUGAUUCCAAACCAUCACUGUAACUUCUCUUGCUAAUUUUUGCUGUCUCUUUAUUGAUAAUACUCUCAAAGCCUCUGAGCAGCAUUUUCUGUACAAGUAAUACUGAAAUGAAAUGGUGCAUUUGUAGAUUAAUUAACCUUUCUUUAGUUCUUUCUGCUUCAAAUUAGGUUCUUAUCUCUUCCAGUCCUCUCUGUAUAAUGUGAUGGUGAGCAGAGAUUACUAUCAUUAUUAGGUGUGUGGGGGGGGGGUUUUGGAGGGGGUGGGUAGGCUGUGUGCCUGGGUCCCCUUCUAGAGACAAACUCAGAUGGCCCUUUGGAAUUUGCUCUAAAAAUAAUCGUAGAACCAAAACCAGAAGCUAGCUGAGGUGGUCUGUCCCAGCAAAAACAGUCUUGUGGAACCUUAAAGACUAACUAGUACAGUGGUACCUUGGGUUAAGUACUUAAUUCGUUCCGGAGGUCCGUUCUUAACCUGAAACUGUUCUUAACCUGAAGCAUCACUUUAGCUAAUGGGACCUCCCACUGCUGCCGCGCCACCGGAGCACGAUUUCUGUUCUCAUCCUGAAGCAAAGUUCUUAACCUGAAGCACUAUUUCUGGGUUAGCAGAGUCUGUAACCUGAAGCGUAUGUAACCUGAAGCGUAUGUAACCUGAGGUACCACUGUAUGGCAUAAACUUUAACAGACUACAGACCACUUCAUCAGAUGCAUCUGAAGUGCACUGUUAUCCAUGCAAGGUUAUGCUACAAUUCAUUGCUACAAUUCAUGCUACAAUUCAUAGUGCUACAAUACUUUCAGGGUUUUUAAGACUCAAAAAAUGACUUUUAAAAUGAUACUCUCUUGUUCAGUGCAUCUCACUUUUGUCUUUGGUAAGCCGGGUUUUGAAAGGUUUUUGUACUGUUCCAAAACCCUGUCAGACCUGUUUGGCCAGAGGUAGGGGUGGGGCAUGUAUGGCAUGGAAAGAGAGGCCUCUCUUCAAUCCAGAUUCCCCUAUCAAAAACUAUUGCCUGGCUUCAGCCUUUGUCACUACCUCUUCCUUUUCCUCUUCCCCACCCCCCAAACCCCCAGACACUUCCUCUCCUUUUUACAUUGAUUUUAGCCAUAAGAAAAAUAAAUGCAGGAACACUCAUAUAUUUUACACUGUAUUCCUAAUUGUAUUUAAGGUGCUUCAUAUCAUCCUGCUUUAAGAAUAAACAGUUUGGGGACUUCAAUUAUUGCAGUGUUAAUCUAGGUGCCUGUUUAGUUUUCACAAAAAGCAGCUGGUUAAGGUUGUAAUUUGGAGUCUACCAAGUCUGAGGGACUAGAUAACUCAGAUCCAACUGUCUUGCAAAGUCUGAAUACGGAGGCCAGUUGCAAAUUGUGUGGGGAAUGCUGAGCUGUGGGGUUUUGUUUUUUGUUUAAAAUGCUUUGCUUUUGGGCAAUUUGUUUUAGCCAGGAAAGUUUAUGUAAAACUUAAGAAACUCCUUCUCCCCCACCUUUGUUUCACACCAUCAAGUGACACGACGGACAUGUGUGGGCAGGUGGGCCAUUUAAAAGGCUUUGUGGUCUUAUAAUUACAAAGCUGAUUUAAGUAAGGUCUCGGGCAAUUUUGCCUUGCUUAGGAAGCCACAUGGAAGGUGCGACUUGUCAGUGGAUCAGCCCAGAGAGUGGGAUGUUUGGGGUCUAUGCAUACUCUGGUCAGCCACUUUUGCUAACAUUAAUGAAAAACAGUGUUAUAAGACGUGGAAGAGCCUAGAAUAGAGGAGGUACAUCCAUGGAAAUUUGGAGUGAUAUCCGGCUAAGUCAUACUUGAAAUGAACCCAUGGAAAUAAAUGGAAAUUGCAUGCCCACAGAUCUCACUUCAUCUAUUCCAGGUAUGACUAAUAUUAGGUAUCUGCCUUUGUCCCAUCGCGUGCUACCACUUUUCUACACAACUUCCCUGUUCUGUUGCUGUAUUUUCAGAGAACCUCCCAGUGCCUAGGUCACCUGCAAUUUUACUGGUGUGCUCUAAAUAGAAAUAAACUGGCACCAAUGUAAAUUUAACUUUGCAUAUGAAAUAAAGAACCGUGAGGUGGCUUGUAGAACAGUCCUAACAUCAUUUACUUAGAAGCUAUAUAGCUGCAACCUUUUUUACUCCCCCUGGCUGUGUCUGAAUUGCAGCCUUAUAAAACCAAAGUAACUGAAUGCGAAGAGAAACCUUCAGAAGGACCCAGCCUCUCUCUUCCCACAGUGUAUUCAGCCCUCUAUGGGCAACAGCAGCUGUGCACAGCCUCCUUCAACUCUCCCCUCCCCUUGUUGCUGAGGCAACUGUGGGUGGCCACAUCUCCGGCAGGGCAGGGAAAUUCCCCAUGCCCAUGUGACCUUGGGCUUCCCCUGGGGCCUUGCCUGUGCCUCAGCCACAUACGUUGCUUGGCUUGGGGAGCAAAGACCGUCCGUUCUCUCUGCUUAAGAGUCCAUUUCUCAGAUGGAAGCCUCGUAAAAUGGUGCUUGGGCAGCUUCCUCUAGGCAGCCCCAGCCAGGGCUGCUGUGAUGGCUUUUGGGUACCUUGGACGGGCGCCUGAUUCCUUUCCUUUCCCCCCUCCUUAUUUCCUGAUUUCUCUAUGACCUUGUCACUACCACCUCCCAUAUCCCUUCUCUCUGCCUCUAUGGAAAUCCCCUUUGUUAAACGCUCUGGAAACGAGAAGGGCUGCGCGACAAUACAGUAAAAACGAUUCUCUAAUUGCAGACUUGUUUUAAAGCACAUGGUAACUUUGAAUAGGUCGGCUAGCUUACUGGAAAUACAUUGUAAGCUGAUCAGUUCCAUGCUUAUGCAAAAGCAGUGUCUUGUGACCCCUUUUAAAGAUGAACAAACUUUAUUACGGCAUAAGCUAGGCCGGGGAACCUGUGGCCCUCCAAAUGUUGGACUGCAGUUUCCAUCAUCCCUGACCACUGGCAAUGCUUGGUUUCAUAGAAUCAUAGAAUUGUAGAGUUGGAAGGGACCCUGAGGAUCAUCUAGUCCAACCCCCUGCAAUGCAGGAAUGUGUAGUUGUCCCAUACAGGGAUCAAUCUUAAAUCUUUGGCAUUAUCAGCACCACGCUUUAACCGACUGAGCUAUCCACCUCCAUCAUCUGAACAUCUGGACUUCAGCCCCAGCAUCUGGAGGGGUUGCAGUUUCUCACCCCAGCAUAAGCUUUUCUGGACUACAGUCCGUCAGAUGUUGUCCUGAGUUUCCACACACAAGGCUGAGGAGGCGGCAUUCGGAAGACGUAAAGUCCAUGAAAGCUUGUGCAAUAAUAAAGUGCCAUUUGAUGCUUUGCUGUGUUUGCUGCUGCAGACUAUCCCUCUGGAACACAUUUCUGAAAGUGUAUCCCUUUUUUAAAAAACUGGUAGACUCUGAUGUGUUGUAUUUGUUCUGGAAUUAUUUCUGAAUGUGGGCAGGGCAAUGCAUGAAUACCCAGUUUUUAAAAAGAGAAAUCACUUGAUUUUUAAAAAACUGUUUCAUUUGGUUUUUAAAUCAUUUUUAGAAAAGCAUCCAGUGCAAGUUUAAUAUACAGUCUCAAAUACCUUGGCUCCCGAACAAAUCGGCUCCCAAACGAUCAAAACCCAGAAGUGAGUGUUCCGGUUUUCAAACAGUUUUCAGAAGCUGAACGUCUGGCGUGGCUUCCACAGUUUCCGGUUGGCUGCAGGACGCUCCUACAGCCAAUCAGAAGCCACACCUUGGUUUUUGAACGGUUCAGGAGUCGAACGCAUUCUGUUUGAGAACCAAGGUAUGACUGUAUCAGGUUUAACAAUUACUUCACAGCAGUGAAAACUAGAAAGCUACUUUUCUGUCCUUGAUCUAUAUAACUACCAUAUUUUUCGCCCCAUAGGACGCACCUAGAUUUUUUUUUGGGGGGGGGGAAUCAAGAAAAACAUUUUUAUUUCCCCCCCAGGCGCGGGGCUAGCCCGAGCUUCCCCCAACCCCAGCCCCCAGAGCAGGCUGCCGCCCCAAGCCUUGCGCGCCCGGCCAUCUGCCCGAAGCACGGGCGUGCUCUGCAGCGCGCCCCAUGCUUCGGGCUGCAGGCUGCCACCCGCAAGCCUUGCGCGCCCGGUGGGACCUCCUGCCGGGUGUGCGAGGCUUGCGGAUAGCUUCCUGAAGCCUGGAGAGCGAGAGGGGUCGGUGCGCACUGACGCCUCUCGCUCUCCAGGCUUCAGCGAAAGCCUGCAUUCGCCCCAUAAGACGCACACACAUUUCCCCUUCAUUUUUGGAGAGGAAAAAGUGCAUCCUAUAGGGCGAAAAAUACGGUAAGUUUAUCUCUUGCAUCCUAGCUUCUAUACGCUAGAGGGGGAAAAAGAAAAAAAGGAGGGAUGUAUAAAUGAUGUCAAGUUGUGAUUACGAUAUAGAUUUAGUAGCCUUGUUAACUGAAAUAGUUGCUUCUUCAUUUUGUUGGAAUGAGGUUUUGUGCAUGCAUCCCGUAUUUAUUUUCAAACACAUUCAAAACCCUACUUUCAGUUUCAGGGUAGUGGGAAUGCCUGCUUUGUACCUUUGAACAGCUAGGAGUAGUUGGAUAGUGCAGGGUGGCAGCAACCUUCUAAGGCCUGCUCAAUCUGUGAGGUGAUUCAUGAAUUUAUGUUCUGGUAGAAACAUUCAACAGGUGGAGUUGCAUAAGAGCUGCUGGCAUGGAGAAAUUCUUUUGAGAAUUUCCUUCAGACUUGACCUAGUGUGAAACUUCUGCCAUGAGUGCAGCCUGUCUGUGGUAUAGCCAUCUGAGCUGUACUGUAGGUAGAACUAGCUAUAUGGAAGCUUCUGAAAAAAAUGUGCUUUGGAUGGAGUGAGUCUCUGCAUGAGUGUGUUCUCAGUCCUUGGAUUGCUGACUUCAGUCAUGGCCUGCCUCUCAUUGGGCCAUUUGUGUUAAUGCUGGUGCUACAUACUAUUGUUGUCGCAGAUUAUCUUUUUCUACUCCAAAGGCUUCAGGCGACUAUCCCUGAAGCCUGGAGAGUGAGAGGGGUUGGUGCGCACUGACCCCUCUCGCUCCUCAGGCUUCAGGGAAAGCAACGCGAAGCCUCCAGAGCGUGGAGGGAGUGCUCCCUCUGCGCUUCGGAGGCUUCACGUUGCUAUCGCUGAAGCCAAGGAGCCUGCACUCGCUCCAUAGGACGCACACACAUUUCACCUUAAUUUUUGGAGGGGAAAAAGUGCGUCCUAUAGAGCGAAAAAUACGGUAACUUCCCAAUUUUUUUACAUGCUUAAAGGGGAGUGUGUUGUUCAUGAUUCUAGGUUGGUAUGACUUGGGCCCUGCACCACAAACUCAUAUCUCUUUUCUCUCUUUCAGGUUGCUACACCUGGCAGUCAUUCACUGUGUACCUGCAAUAGCACUCUGCUUCAUUGCCCAAUUGCCAGUGGAGGUUUUAGAGAUCCAGAAUGACUUAUUCCAGGUAUGUGAUAGACUGUGGGGAAAGGUCAGUAUUUUUCCCAUUCUAGCUAGAAGAAAGAAAACAACCGGGAAUCUGGGUCAUUCUGUCUUGCUCGUGGCAAUUUGUCUUUGGCUAUAAUAUUUAUCCCCCCUGUACUUACUCCUUGCCUCAUUUUUCUAGAUCUGGUGGACAGGCAUAUGCUGAUUUGUAGACCGACUUGGAAGUUUUCCUUGAGAAUUUGUGACAGUUGCUUCUUAGUGAUAGAUUUUUGUUAUAACCUACCUUGGAAGGGUAUGCACAUUAAAAGAUGUUACAGAAAUCCAUUAAAUGAGUAAUACUAAUUCUAGUUACUCUUGUCAAUGGCCUCAGUCCAAUUUGAGUUGCAUGCAGCAACUUGUGCCCUGAGUAGGAAUACAUCCCUUCAUCUGGAUGAGUCAUUUGACCCCAUUAGUUAUUGGGGGCUAAAUGAUCUUUGGGGUGUGGACUUAGAUGUAUAUCUGCAUUGGCAGAGUUCACAGAAGUCUGCUUCCCCAGUUGAAUAAGAGCACUUUUUCUGAGGAAAAGAACAUGCGAGCUUUAAAGUUAAUUUAGCAACUACCUCUCAUUUUUGCCAAAGGUUGUGUAUACUAUCUGAGAUUUUUAUAAAGAAAUCUAAAGAACCAGAGUAAUCCAAAUUCUGGCCUAGAGAAGACUGCAUUCUGCAAGCUAUAUAAAUGAAGUAAACUCACACAGCUGUUUGCUUUUAGUUUAUUUAUUUCUGGCUUCUGCCAAUCCUGUUGAGGAGAUACAAAGGGUACUGAUGUCCCAUGAAUGUUUACAAUUUUAUGAAGCUUACACUUGAAGGAUCACUAGGUGUUGCGUAUGUGUGUCGUCCCCCCUACCAUGAAAGCUGAGAUAUUAAAUUACGCAUCCAUUCCUAAAUCCUGUGUGUGUGUUUUGUGAUGCAAUUGCAGCAUACAGCCAGUCUCGGUUUUGCCCCUGCCUCUUGCACCUUUCUACUCUAGCCCCUGUGUCACUCUCUUGCAAUAACCUUCUCCGUUUCCCAUUCACAGACCCCGCUUCACCUCUCCGUGUACCUGGAACAGUCCAGAGUGGUGCAAGCACUAGUCCUGAGAGGAGUGAACACAGCGCUGCAAGACCGCAAUGGGAACACAGCACUGCAUUUGGCCUGUGAGCAGCAGAGUCUGGAGUGUGUGCAGCUGCUGCUGCAGGGGAUCAUCUCCAACAAGACCUUGGAGGCUAGAAAAAGCCGCCAAGAUUUGCACCUCCAGAACUGGCAAGGUGAGGUAGUAAAGAUGGAUCAGGGUGGUGUGUGUGUCUGGUGACACACUGGGGCCAGUGUUCGGCUACUUGCCUCGUAGCAACUUCCUGGGAUGUCUUCUUCUCCAGGCUUGACUUGCCUACACAUCAGCACCUUGAAAGGGAACCUGCAUCUGAUGGCAUUGUUGGUGAAGAGUGGAGCCGACAUCGAUGUUCAGGUAUGGCAAGGGCAGCUGCACCAGAGCCACACGUGCUCUGUACUUUUGCGAUCAGGCCGAGCAAGAAGAUCUGGCAAUUAGAUACAGAAAGCGAAAAAGUUUGUCCAUUGUGGCAGGGGAGAUUAAUACUGAAAACGUGUAGGAAGUGCCUAGCGAAGUAUCAAAAGGUGGGCAGAGGUGACUGAACAGGAGCUAACAAGCUGCAGCUUUGCAAAAACACAGGCUUGCAGAACUGCUUGAUCUGCACCACUUGUUACAAGUUGCAAAGUAAAUCUGUUAUCAGGACAUAAUUUGGAUUUAUUCAGAGCAGAUUUUUAACAGUGAAUAACCAUUGGACAGUGUUGCAGCUGCAGGAACAGGACACAGAUUAGGGGAAGUGAUAAGUUCCAUACUGUGAUUCCCCACCCAAGACCAUCUAAAUCUGUGCAGGUUCCUGGAAUCCCCCCAAAUGUUUAAAAUCCCAGGAAGAUUUUAAACUACAUGUUAUGUUUUGAGCCUGUUCCUAUGUUCAUUUGUGAGGAGGUUUAGGAACAGUGUGUCUCUAUGCUGCGGGGCCCAGUUUCUAAUCCUGGCCACAGGAUAGCUCAUUUGGUUAGAGCGUAGUGCUGAUAAUCCCAAGGUUGCAGGUUCGAUCCACGUACUGGACAGCUGCAUAUUUCUGUAAUGCAGGGAGUUAGACUAGAUGAUCCUCAGCGUCCCUUUCAACUCUACACUUCUCUGAGUCUUUGAAAUGUGCUAGUGUAGGACAGGGUUGGCUGACCUGUGACAUUACAGAUGUCCCUCUAGUUCCCAUCAUCCCAGACUAUUGACCAUGCUGGCUGAGGCUGAUGGGAGUUGAGUCCAACAGUAUCUGGAGGGCCAUAGGUUUGUUGUCCCUGGUUUAGAGGGUGUUACAUCCCUUUAAGAUUCUGUUUCAGAGGCUCACUGAAGUGGCUGAUCUGACACCCUGCUUUCAUGGUCCCAGGAUGGCACAAGCGGAAAGACACCCCUGCACAUGGCAGUGGAGAACCAUGACGAGAUGGCUGUGAAGCACCUCCUUGAAAUGGGGGCCCAGGUGGAUGCCCAGAUGUACAACGGUUGCACCCCACUGCACCUGGCAGUAGGCAGGAAGGACGCUGCGAUUGCUGCCAUCCUCUGCCAAUCGGGGGCAGACACCUUGCUGCGGAAUAUGGAGGAUGAGACGGCCCAGGACCUGGCUGAUGAAAACGAUGAUGUGAGAACCUUUCUGAGUCUGGCUGUUCUAGAUUAGGGGCUUGUAGGAAUAAGCUGAACAAGUCCCAUCAAGCUCUUGAAGCAAGGCCAGGAGUGCAGGUUGUAUGGCAUAGUUCUCAAGCUUUGGCCCAUCAGUAGAAGGUGCUUUAUGAACAGGGUUUGGAGUUUCGCAACUGGCCGUUGUCAGUUGCACCUCUCCUUCCAUACCUGUGAUUUGACUAUUUCCAAUUCAGAUUAGUCUGGUGUCAUCAUCUUCAUAAGGCCAUAUAGCAGGGAGGAGCUGCUGAACUGGCAAGCCUACCUCCUAUGUCUCCAGUGCCAUUGCACUGUUGAAGCUUCUUCAGUGGAAGGAACUGCAGCAGCUGCUGCAUUGCAGUGGAGCAAUUUUGGCAACUCCUUCCCUCAGGUAGGCAGGGAUGUAAGCCAGCACAGAACUACAUGUAGGUCAGGAUGAGGCAACAACUCUUUUUCUCAUGUAUUGGUGCUGCAUUAUUAUUAUUAUUAUUAUUAUUUAUUUGUAUACAUUUGUAUACCGCCCUAUACAUGUAGCUCUCAGGGCGGUUCAUAGCAUAAAAUCACAAUAUAAAGAAAGAAAAUACAUAAUAAAAACAAAAGCUUAAUAGAGAGGGAUUCAAUUAUUUAUUACUAUUUAUUAAAUUUCUAUACCACCCUUCAUCCAAGGAUCACAGGGCAGUUUACAAUAUAAAACACAAAAAUGCAUAACAUAGUAACAAAAAUAAUACCUCCCACAGUUUCAAAAAUGCAUAACAUAGUAACAAAAAUAAUACCUCCCACAGUUUCAAAGGGCAUAGAUUGUUUAAUUGCCCGAAGGCCUGGAAGAAGAGGAAUGUUUUUCCCUGGCGCCAAAGAUACAUGACAAAAGUUGGUUCAUAUGGGGAGAGGCGGUCCUUGAGGUAUUGCGGUUACCAUUCAACCAUGAAUCUCGUUGGGUGACAUAAGACAUUCCUUAUCUUAGCCUAACACGUGUCACAGGAUGGCACUGAGGAUAAAAUGGGAUAACCCUUACUCUCCACCCCAAGCUUCUUCAAGGAAGGACAUGAUACAAUGCAUUACGUUGGGACUCCUCACAGCUAGGAAUAAGAUUCCUAUUUUUCUUUUAUAAUGCUAAUGUUACUAUUUCCUCUCCUUUUGCCUUGGCAGAUUCUUACACUCUUGCCUUUUGAUGACCUGAAGAUCUCUGGCAAACCUGUUGUGUGCUCCAGUUGAGCAUUGCAAAAUGUGAACGAAUACAUCAUUGGGAGACGUAUCCUGUUGCUGCAGGUUGAUAGGAGCAGAGCUGGUCACCGGUAUAUCAUUCCCCUUCUUGCAGAAUUGGAGCCUUUUGUGCUUCUUCAGACACUUACAAUAGUGCGCAGGACUUUGGGAGCUGGUGCAAGAGAAAAAAAUCGUUCUUUGUGUAUUUAAUUUGAUGGCGUCAUGGAGUUGCCGCCUACCUGAGUGACAAGAGUCCAGAUAGACAGAUUCUAUGUUUGCUUUGCCUGCUGUGUUGAAAAUUGGAGACACCAGAAGUUCUAGGAGGAUACUUAUUUUUUCCAAGACUGCACAGUCAACAGAGGUGGUGUGUCAGCCCUCAUUUUUCCUUCUUCCUCCAGCCCCCGCCAUUCACCUCAAGUCUGUGAUGGAACUAUAAUAGGGGUUUUUCUCUUUCCAGUCCGCCAGAGUCACUUCUGUUUUUAAAAUGCUUCCUUCCCGCACACCAGCUACUUUCUGAUCUAGCUACUGCUGCUCAGGCCUUCUGCUUUUCCUUCAGUGGCCAGUUGAGGAUUGACUCAGGCUUCUAAUUCUGCAACAUCCAGGACUACAAAUUGUUCCAUUCUCUCCCUUUAGUCCACCUGUUGCCUCCCAUGGAGGGAUAACCCUUGCAAGCAGAGUGGACAGACAACUCUUUAGUUCCUCCCUACUGCUUCUGUGACGUGCCAGAAGGAACUUGAAGGCUGAGCUUAUGGGGACAAAAUGAGACUUUCUCUCAUGCCUCAAGAUAACUGGUGUUCUUGAGGCCAGACUCGAAGCAAAGAAGCCUAAUUCUGUUUCAGUUCUCUUUCAGAUUUACUCGCUAAUACUGCUGUACAAGCAAGUGCCUUAUCUCUAAACUGCCAUCCUAAAAACACCACUGUGCGGGCAACUUGAAAUUCUGCCUGUGGAGCAAGGGAGAACAAGGAAAUUCCAAGGGCUACCCCCCUUCAUAAAGUGUUGUGGAAUCCCAUAUUGUAUACUGCUUUUGUUCAUCUUGAACAUAAGCUUUAUAACAGUUGCCAGGAACUGUGUUUUUGUUGUCCCUGCUGGAAGAAGCUGCACAUGGCUACAUUUCCUGCAUGCUGAUUCUUAGUAUUUGAACAGUACUCCUGCUUAGGAACAGAUCUGUCCAUUUUAGCCAGUGGGUAGGCAGAUUGUCUUGUUUCUCUCUGCAUUCAAAGUGGCGAGUUUGGUGAUCCUAAGCAGCCUGUCAUGAGGAGACUGCAAAGCUGGGUUUGGAAAUCAUGACCUGCGGAGUGAUAGGACUCAGGAUUGUGGGGUAUGUGUAACAUGUGUAACGUGGUGGUAUGUGCUCCUUUGAUGAUUGUUGUGUUCCACCCAGAGGUUAUACACUCUGCCUCUCACCAGCUGCAGCAAGUGUAGAGAAGCAUUUGGGUCAUCAAAUGGCAGGAAUAGGAGUUGCUUACAUGCAAACUUUACUCUGAACUGGGGAAAUUCCCAGCCCCCUCCCUCCCACUAUUUGCUGCCUGGGAGCGGCUGUUUGUAACGUGGCAAGUCCUGGAUGGCGCAAUCAGCUGGGAUGUUUUAAGGAGAGGUUUUCUUCUUCCCUGUUUUUUAGAAGACCAACCUAGAAGCAGCAGCAACUUUUAUGCAAUAUUUUCCAGCAAAGUCCUCCUUGAUUUUUAUAUCUGGCUUAUUUGCUUGAGACCUUAGCUCUUCUUCCUCCUGCACUCCCUCAUUGUGUUUUUAUUAACUUUUUUUUUUGUCUAAACAACACAAUAAAGUUUUUAAAACUGGAUUAAUCUGCUGCUGUUGCAAGUUGCAUGGUGUUCCUCUGCCUCCAUACAAAUAAUGCGUUGCUUCAUAGUAAUACAUUUCUCCAGUUAAAAUCACUGUUCAUUACAUCUGGGAUGGGAGAGUUUUUUCAGCUGGACUAGCAAAGAGGGGUGCAGCAGCAGUUCAUCCACAGUGCAUGGAGAGUCACAACAUGAGAACUGCAGCAGGCUGCUAGACUGUCGAAGGGGAAGUGUGCAAGAAGAGCGAAUGCUUUAAAAAAUCAUGUUUCAAAUGUGAAGACACUCAAAAUGUGCUAUUACCUUGUGGCUGCUCUUAGCAGCUCCUCCUUGUGGUGCCUUUAAAGCCAUGCUGCAAGCUGAUAUGUACCAUGUGGAGAAGCAGAAUUAUGUCUCUGCUAAUUUUCUACACUAUCCUCAUGGCCACCUUGGUUUUUCUUUUUUUGGGAAACCAGGCUGGUGUAUCCACUCUUGCAACAUCAGAUCAAUAUUCCUUCUGACAAAGCCAGUUUUAUUUGGAUUCUUUAGAGGAAGUCUGAAUUUGCAGACUGUACUAACAGCUGUGUAGGACAAGGGUAGUCUGUCUUUUUGCAAUAGGAUAUUUCCAUAGGGGAUGGCCAGCACUGGUUUUUGAAUAGCCAGCUCCAAGGAACAGGAACUCCGUUGCUGAUACUAGGAAUUAGGCAACUCCCCUAGUUAAGGCUUAUUGAUCAAAAGCCAAGAGCACCACUAUGUUUUUGUGUACAUGUCCAUUAUACUCCAUUAUUUGGUGUUUUAGAAAAAUAGGCAGCAUUUGUCAGAAUCUGGAACAAAUGGUAAUCCACAGUUUACAAUGGCAUGACGGAGCAGCCCAAUUGAAGCAUAGCAUGGACAGCCUUAACCCCAAAAUUCUCUGUCAAUUUCUACUUCUUGUUGUUAUUGGGGUAGAGGGGGAAAGUAAAACUCCCAAAAUAAGUGGAGGUUAUGCAGAUCACCUCCAAAGUUGGUGCUUGGCAUUUUAAAAAUGCCAAUAUUACCUCCGGUAGAUCUUCAGUUUUACACCAGCUACUUUCAGAUAUAACAGAGGAAAAUGCAUCUGUAACUUAUGUGGGAGAAACACCACAUUUCACACAAGGGAGCACAUUGUGAAUUUUAAAAUGGUCAAGGCAUUGUGGCAGAAAUAUCCACAACUGUGGGAUCAAAUUUUCCCUUGAUGCAUGAUGCAGCAGCAAAAAAAUAAAAAUAUAAAAUGCUAUUCUAGACUGCAUCAACAGAAGUCUAGUGUUCAGAUACCACUCUAGACUGCCUGUGUCCAAUUCUGGGUGCCACAGUUUAAGGAGGACAUUGACAAGCUGGAACGUGUGCAGAGGACAAUGACCAAUAUUAUCAAGGGUCUGGAAAUUAAGCCUUAAGAGGAACGGUUGAAGGAGCUGGGUAUGUUUAGCUUAGAAAAGAGGAGAGUGCCAUCUACAACAACCACCUUCAAAUAUCUGAAGGGCUGUCAUGUGGAAAAUGGAGAAAGCCUGUUUUCUCCUGCUCCAGAGAGUAGGAGUAGGACCCGAACCAAUGGAUUCAAGUUACAAGAAAGGAGAUUCCAACUAAACCAUCAGGAAGAACUUUCUGGCAGUAAGAGCUGUUCAACUCCCUUGGGAGGUUGUGGACUCUCCUUCAUUGGAGGUUUUAAAGCAGAGGUUAGAUGGCCAUCUGUCUUGGAUGCUUUAGUUGAGAUUCCUGCAUUGUAGGGGGUUGGACUUGAUUACUCUUAGGGUCCCUUCCAACUCAGUAGGAUUCUCUGAUUCUCUGAAUUGUUGUGCUAGUAAAAGAUCAUCCCAGAUUUGCUUGUGACUCCCAAGCGUGCACCCAUUUCUUUCAGAUAUAACGUCCCACACAUUUUCACAGGUCUACAUAUCUGCUGCAGGAAGAAGAUACACAUGUCACGCUUAAGCAGUGAGAGCAGCCAGUCUGCCUGUUUUUCUGCCCCAGCUAGAUAACCAAAAGCAGCGGAUGAAGAUAUCCUUUCACCCACAGCAACAAAUUGCUUGGGAAAGCACCAGUCAGCUGCUGAAGCAGAGAAAGGCUAAGAUCACAUGGGCUGACUUCUGGCUUUAGGCCCAAUGCAACAGUUCAUGCAGUUCUGGUUAUUACAGAAUCAAAGCUAGAGGAGGCUUAUAUAGAAAGUUGUGUAUUUAAGGUUUCUGACAAUAGAGGACUCUUGACUCUUCAAAUCUAAUCAAGCUACUGUGCCAUUUACAAGGUAUGAAAAUCUUUGGCUGGCUACUAUGGAGAAGCCUUCAGUUCUGGGGGGAUGACGACAGGGGGACUUUGUUCUGUACCAAAGCAUUACAAUUGGUGUAAAUAUAAAGCUGUCCACUGAACCUUACCAAAGAAGUGUCAGCAAACAGAGUAGCUCCUUACAUGGGAACUAUUAGGGCAGGAAUGUUUUCAAGAAUUUGAUUUGUUGUUGUUUUUUUAAGAAAAGUUUUCCUGCCUUUCCUGAGAUGUUUUAGUGGAACUUUAAGCCAUUUGCACCCUGCUGGCGAUUGGCAGCUGUUAGCAUGGAAGAGGAUGAGUGUGUUGAAAGCGGUUCACAAAGAGGAAGACACAGCUUCCAACAUUCAAUAGGAAAAUUAGAGCUGUCUUUCUAUAUUGUAUUUCCAACAGCAGUUAGCUUGAUGCAUCCUUGGAAGCCUACAAGCAGGCCUGCUUCUGCUUUCAGAAGUUGCUGUCUGAUCCCAAAGGCUCAAUAUAGCUAUAUUAUGGCUAUCCUCUUCUUCAUGGACCUAAACCAGGGGUCAGCAACCUUUUUCAGCUGUGGGCUGGUCCAUCCCUCCGACCAUGUGGUGGGCCGGACUAUAUUUUGAAAAAAUAAAUAAAUAAAUAAAUUCCUAUGCCCCAUAGAUAACCCAGAGAUGCAUUUUAAAUAAAAGGGCACACUCAUGUAAAAACACGCUGAUUCCUGGACCAUCCGCGGACCGGAUUGAGACGGCGAUUGGGCCGCAUCCGGCCCCCAGGCCUUAGGUUGCCUACCCCUGCUCUAGAACAUAAGUUCCACUGAACCUGGUAGAACUUGCUUCCAAGUAAACAUGUGCAGGAUUGUGCUCUGAAGUCUUCCUUUGAUAUGAAAUUUUGCUUUAACCAUCUCAAUACCAGAAACACAAACUUUGUACAACAAAACAGAGUAAGCCUACACGGACACUCCCUUGAGCUCCUAUAAAGCAGGAUGCUUUAUAAAUAUAACAAGUCAUUGAAAAGUAAUAAAACCACGGAGGAAAUAUUUUCAUUUUCAUAUGGGACGUAAGUUAAUAACGUCAGUUAAAGUGUUUGAAGAGUUUUGUAAUUCAAGUCUACUAAAUUUAUGGAUAAUAUUAAUUGGUUGUCGUUAUUUGCAUUUGUUAAAUCACUUUAUACAGAAGUCGCAAAGCAAGUUAACAGCAUAAAAGACAAAUAAAACUGAACAUGUCU